AUGUUUUCUUCCACGGUCCUCGCCUUCACCUUGCUGGCGACCCUUGUCGCCGGACAGGGCGUUACCUCUGCCAUGUCUCCUGAGGCAAGCCCACCAGCUAGCUGUGUUGCAUCCUAUCCCGGUACCUUCGAGAUCACGGUUGCGAAGGUCGAGGGUGCCGUGAAGCGUGAUACCAACGCCAUUGCCAAGCGCAAUGACUGCUCCACCGACGGCAUUCUGGUUGCUACCCUCGAGAACGGAGUCCUCAAGGACUCUCAGUCCCGCACCGGUUACAUCGCCGCAAACUACCAGUUCCAGUUUGACCAGCCUGCCCAGACUGGCGCUAUCUUCACUGCUGGUUUCUCCGCGUGUGGAAACGGCUCCCUCGCGCUCGGCGGCUCGGCUGUUUUCUAUGAGUGUGCGAGCGGCGACUUUUUCAACCUCUACGACCGCUCUUGGGCACCUCAGUGUUCUCCCGUUGAGAUCCUCAUCAUGGAGUGUGGUGGCAACGCCGGCGAGGCUGGUGAUGGACAGGUCGUCGGAACGGAGAUCGUGACCACAACUAUCGUCUCCGCCCUCAGCGACGGACAGCCCCAAGUUCGAACGACCACGACUGGAGUCCCGCUUUGCCAGGUCUCUCAGAUCGCGGACGGCCAGCUCCAGGUCGGCACCACACCGUGUGCUAGCAUCACCACGACGCCUGUGGCGACAUCGACCCCAGUGCCCGUGUCGCAGCAGUCUGACGGCCAAAUCCAGGUUACCCCUCCCGCUUCCGUUCCUACUGUGACGAACGCCCCGGCGCCACCUGAGGUAACCCCCUCUGCUCCUGCUGGCAGUGCCCCCGCUGGCAGUGCCCCCGCCGGCAGUGCCCCCGCCGGCAGCGCACCCGCCGAGUCGGGCAGCAGUGUCGCCCUGCCUUCCGAGACCCAGCCCGCAUCGCCUGGCACCACGCUAUCCACCACCGCCUCCUCGGGAGGUGGAGCUUCCGGCACGUCCCCGGCCUCGAGCCCGGCCACUUCUGCCCCGGCGACCGGCGGCGGUGCCACUGUCCGGGCGGCUUCCAUGGGCGCCCUCGUCAUCGGCGUCAUUGGCGCUGUUGCGUUCCUCUAG